GUUGGCUUGGCAUUGAAGAGAUCGCAAAAUCUUUGAAAUACGGGUCCUGAGCCUUUGAUUCAAGUCUGUCCUCUUUCAAACCCUUCCUCUUUCAUAUUAUUGUGAUGGCCAUCCCAGCUAAUGCGUACUAUAUACUAGACUCGCAUCCGGCACCACAUUACGGUCUUGAUCCACCAAAUAGUUCAGGCAGUACCAACUCUGCACGUUCACAUUCUGCCAGUGUAAAAUCGGAACUAUCCUCCUCGCCUUAUCUUGAUCUUUCACCUUCACCUCCCCACACCUUUUCCUUCCAUUUUCCGUCAUCUGCGUCAGCGCCUAAUAGUAGUGCGCAAAUUAAUCAUAAUUUUACAACGACAUCGAACACACUAUCAGACCGUCCGUACUACCGCUUCGGAUCCAUGGCACACCCGGAGGAUGCCUGGCUUAGCAAACGUUCAGCAAAUUCCACUCUCGACUUGAAUUCAUUAUCAUUCCCGGACGAAUACGAUGAUGGCGACGAGUUACCUGAUCAUCCAGGCUCCUCUGGCGCGCCCACUACUUCAUCUGGUUAUUCAGAUAGAGUCGUUAGGAGAAGGAGCAGCAAAGCUUGCGAUCAAUGUCGCAAAAGCAAAUGCAAGUGCGAGCGCGCAGGAGAUGGCGAGGCCUGUAAAAGUUGCAUCAUGCUAGGGACGCCGUGUACAUUCCUCGGACCCUCGCGCAAGCGCGGUCCCCCUAAGGGGUACAUUGACGCCAUCGAAGCUCGGCUACACCAAACUGAGGCCCUACUUGGUGUUCUCCUCGCUGUCGAGGCAGAGCAUGGCGAAAGGUAUGGCGAAGCAGAUAGGCCACCUCCAGGCGGCGCUGCAGGUUUGGAGGAUGUGUUGUACACCCUAAGACAGGACGCUCUUGCUCGUGAAAUCCUCAAUCGUGUUGAUUCCUCCUCAUACGGCGUCAAAGGACGAAAAGGUGGCAGCACUAAACCACGCCCAAAUAAUGCCACUGCAACGGAGGGUAGUGGUAUUGACUUACAGUCCACACAGAUCGCGUUGUAUCUCUCCUUUCGUCAUCUCUAUCGCUCUCAUCGCAAUCUCACACCGCCUACAUCUGGUGCUAUCUCCCUUAACAACCCGCGCACCAUCCAACUUUCGCAAUCUAGAACCUCGCCAUCUCUUUCACUUGACGAUAAUGGACGACGUCAACGCCGGCGACUCGGUUGUUCACCAUCUCCGGAUCCCUCCGACCACUCGCAAGUACAAGCACCUGCCAGUACAGAUUCUGAGGACGAAGACGACGUCGCGGAUGCCGUGGGCCAGCUCUCCUUGAACGAAGACGAACAAGUCCGGUAUCACGGAAAGGCAAGUGGCGCUUCCCCCAAGGCCCGUGUCUGGCCACCACUCCCUCCAUCUGCUACAAAUGCGACGUCGCCCGUAAUCCCCAGCAUUGAUGCGCUGACGAAUUCUGCCGCAAGCCCGAUCACAACCAACAGCCCUUUGAUGGGUUUAUCUGUCAUGGAUAGAGAUCUGAGCAGCGUCAUGCCUGAUCCGGCUGUUCAGGAGCAUUUAUUGGAGAUAUAUUUUACUUAUGUACAUUCGGCGUUCCCGGUCUUACACAAGGAGGCUUUCUGGGAGGGUUACAAGGCGCAUCAGAAUCCAUCUGCAGCUGAUACACCAUCACCUGCGUCCGAUGGUCAGGGUUCGAAAUCUCCGUCACCUUUCCACCGUGCCCGCCGUAAUAUUUCUCCGCUUUUACUCCUCAGCAUGUUUUCCAUUGCCGAACGCUAUUCACAGUCUUCCUCCUUCCCACCGUCCUCCCCUCCCCUCCCAUCGGCAUCGUCGCCCCGAGAGUCAGUCCCGAUGUGGACUGCAGGUGAUCAAUACUUUAACGUCGCUAAGAAACUUCUUGACAACACCUAUGCAUCUUCGUUGCCAAGCACCGUGCAAGCUCUUAUAUUACUCGGGUAUCGCGAGAUUGGCAUUGGUGCCAUGGCACAAGCCUGGGUAUACACGGGUAUGGCGGUACGUAUGGCGCAGGAUCUCGGUAUGCAUCGCGCAGCCGACGGCUGGGCCCGUGCGGACGUCGGGCGUCUGUUCGGCGCCCGGGAGUUACAGGAACGGCGGCGGAUAUGGUGGGGAUGUGUCGUACUCGAUGGGUAUGUGAGCACGUAUAUUGGAAGACCGCUUGCGAUCUUCGAGCGGGAUUACGAUACACUCUUGCCGGGCGAGGAUGAGGCGGAGGAGAUGGAGUUGUGGAUUCCUCAUGAGUCGCCACCACCUGAUUCCCGCGGACAUGGGUAUCCACCUAGUGCAGAGAUGAGGUGUUCAAUAACGGGACGUGUGCUAUCUAGCUUUAAUGCUUCUGCAACUCUCUCGACUAUCCUUUCCAAGCUCGUACAGUCCAUGUAUGCCGUCCAUCCCGUGACUUCUCGGCACGCUGAGGCAGUACAACUUGAGGAGCUGCUGAAUAAGUGGUACCUCGACUUGCCUGAGCAUUUACAAAUGAAGCAGGGCGCCACCAUUCCGCCCCAUAUUUUGACAUUGCACAUGCAAUAUUGGUGUACGACAUUGCUAUUGCAUCGUCCAUUCAUAAGGAAUGCGUACCUUCUAAAUAAGGGGAAAUCGGAUAGUGUGGAUGAUGCGGAAGCGUGUGCGACGAGCAAGAAACAUUAUGAGCUGUGCGUGGGUGCUGCAAACCACAUCUCAUCUAUCGUUUCAUCUUAUCGAGAAAAGUACUGUCUGCAACGCGCGCCCGUUUUUCUCUGCUUCUACAUUUUUACGGCGGGUAUUAUGCAUGUCACGAGUUCGUCCAUCUUCCCGAAUGACCCUCAAUCGCGGAUAGGUCUAUUCAGGUGCAUGGAUGCACUACAAGACAUGGAAAUGGUCUGGCCCUCCGCAGCACGUGCCAACGAGCUUCUUCGGGGCUCAAACGUCAUGGCAAAUCCCUCGAACUCUAGCCAAGCGUGCCUUUCAUUUAGUUCCCGGGAUCGCCAGAAGCGAACAGCUGAGCAUUCAAUCGACUCAGAGGACGCAUACGAGCGUUCGCAGUUGCAGGCCCUACCCUCAAGCGACUCGCCUCACGUACCAGGAUCGGGACAAGGAUAUGCCAACACCUGGCGAUCGACUCAGUUUAGCGGAACGUCGCAUGAUGUCGGUCACUCUCAGGAGUCUGGUGCUGUGCGACAUACUGACUUUGCCGGGGCAUCUAUCUCAACUUCAACUUCCCAGCCAUCGUAUUACCCGUGGACCGCUGAUGGAUCUUCAUAUCUCUCGUUCCCGGGCACAUUGUCUACGUCUGUGCUUCCGCAGAUGUAUAGCACAGGCUUGGUCGACGGCCGUCGGGCGGGGAACUUGCAGUCCUCGACUUCGCAUCAAGGACAAGCGCGGCUGGCUGUGCAUGGGAGCGGAUCUGGUACAUAUACCAGUGAUCAACCUGGGAUAGGGCGGUAUCCGCAAUUUUGGAAUGAUUAUACGUCAUUCCCACAGAUGGGGGUGGCUUAUAGCCAGUCUCAUCCACAACAACAGCCGCCGCAACAACAGGAUCCCAUGUAUAUGAGCGGGCAGUAUGGCGGUAUUUACAGUAAGUGUUCUGCAUCGUGAAUAAUCAUCCUACAUCUUAAUCUAAUCAAGUGGAUUGUACCACAUCUACCCGAGCGGACAAGAAGCACUAGUAGACCUUCUCCCCUCACAAUCUAAUGUAUUACAUCCUAUCAGACACCCCAAAAAUGUUUCCUUUUUCGCCGCAGUGCUAUUCCCUCGUUGUAUCCGUUGUAUCCUGCUGCUUACCUGACUGUAUAAUUCGCUUCGAAAGGACCUUAUUUCUUAUGUUUUUUAUGUGUUAUAUCCCUGCUUCCCUCAGGCGCUUUGUUUGAGAUUGUUCCGGAACCACUAAAUGUUGUGCCGACAGCCUGUAUUGUAUUGUAAACCCUUCAGUACCAAAAUACAUGAUUUGGAUAGCA